GCCGCGGCGUCUCCCCCCGUUGCCCGGCGACGAUUGAGCGGCGUCAGGGCCCGAACGGCGGCGUCCGAUUGGCCGCGGGGGGGGGCGGGCGGCCAAUCGGGGCGGGGGUUGUUGCGGGGUCGGGUUGGGCGGGAGGGAGAGGCAGAGGAGCCGAGCGGCGGCAAGAUGUCGGGCAGGAGGGGCGGCGGGCGGCCUGAGCAGUAUUUAACCAGGCGCAUCCCUCAGAACCCCAGGUACCAGCACAUAAAAACCCGCCUCGAUACCGGGUGCAGCUUGACAAAAUACAUUGAGAAGUUGGAGGAGAUCAAAAGAAAUUACAGAUACAAAAAGGAUGAGCUCUUUAAAAGGUUGAAAGUGACUACUUUUGCCCAGUUGGUCAUCCAGGUUGCUUCUCUAUCUGAUGAAACCUUAGGAGUGAUGAAUGAGGAGAUCCACAAGCUAGAAGAUGGUGCUUCCGAUGCAGAUGCUGAACUCACGGCAGGGACAAAUGGGAAAGGAAGCCCCAGUGGGACACCACCCAGUCCAGUCCUGUUCAUAAACAGCACAGGAGCUGGGGAAUCAUACCGGUCCACGCUGCAGAGCGUGAUAAGUGGUGUUGGUGAGCUGGAUAUAGAAAAGGACACUCCAAAGAAAGCGGACGCUGAGGCUAAAGACAUGCCUUAUCCCGACUGCCCCUUCCUGCUUCUGGACGUACGAGACCGAGAUGCUUAUGACCAAUGUCACAUCGUUGGAGCUUAUUCGUAUCCUAUUGCAACGCUGUCUAGAACCAUGAACCCGUAUACAAAUAGUAUUUUGGAAUAUAAAAAUGCCCAUGGAAAAAUCAUAAUUCUGUAUGACGACGACGAGAGGCUGGCCAGCCAGGCUGCCACGACCAUGUGUGAGAGGGGCUUUGAGAACUUGUUCAUGUUAUCCGGAGGCCUGAAAGUCCUUGCACAGAAGAUCCCAGAAGGACUCGUCACCGGCUCGCUCCCCCCAUCCUGCCAGGGGGCAGCUCCCCCUGGAUCCGCCCGAAAAAAGGCCGCUCCCAAAGCGCCACCCACACGUGCCGAGAAUAAGUGGAGAUUUUCUGCAGAAGAUCUACAAAAGAUUAAGUACUACCUAGGAGAGGAGCAGAUUCCUUCAGAUACUGCCAGCCGUCUUAGCCGUGGCUCUUCAGGGCGCGAUUCCAAGGCAACGACUGUGAGGAGCAGCCCCAGCCUCCCCACCGCUGCUGCCAACGCGGGGUCCCUCACCACCCGCUCGUUCAGCAGGAGCAGCCUCCAGAACAGGCCGUGGAAAUAAGCAGCGGCGUCUCCUUCCAGUGAAUAAACGAACGUCCAGGUUCUGG